GUCGUAUUCCCGGAUGAGGAUUGGUUGAAAUUACAUUCCAUGCGGGAAGAACAACGCUGAAUCCCUAACUCCCUCAAACACUGCAAGUAACAUCGACUAGAGAGAAGGGCAUUUUUGCAUCACCUUGCUUUUAAAGCACUCACGGCGCCUCUGAAUAUUAGGUAAAAUGGUUAGAUUGGAUCUUGGUGAUGUAUCUCUGCGCAGGAUGCAGGAGAAGGACAUUGAUGCUGUAAAGGCUCUCAUCAAGGAAGGAUGUGAAGGAACAGAAAACCGUUUGAUUCUUUACCUUCUGACUCGUCCGCUCGCUCUUCUAAUGCUGGCCAUCCUUUCUUCCAUCCUCCGCUGUGUGCUGCACUCUUUUAUCUUGGCCUUGGUCAUUCCUGUCUUCAUCUUCAUCAUCUUUCUCAAACUCACAAUACCACGGUCGGUGGGCAUCUUGGGCUCCAGCAGGCCGUACUGGGACUACGUGGGUAGCUCUUACCAUGCAGACACCGAGCCAGAUCUACCCAAUCCUCACGCUGGCAAAGCCAAACUGGAGAAAACCAGACGGCGUAAAAAACCCAAAGAAAAGGAGAAAGACAAGACGAGUGAGAGAGAGCAAGUGGAUGAGGAUGAGCUGAAGCAGAGGUCAAAGGUUGCUGGUGAGGUUUGGGUGGCGGACUCUGAUGGGGAGAUUAUAGGAUGCGUGGCUAGAGACGGUUGGAGUCGGGAUGGUGUUUGUAGGAUCUGCAGGCUGGUGGUCCAGAGUUGGUAUCGCAGAGAGGGACUGGGCAGAUUGCUGGUGCAAGGACUGGAGUCCAGAACAAAGCAAAGCGGCAUACGGCGGGUCUAUGCCCAUGUGCCAUUUCCAUCCAAAGUCGGAGAAGCUUUCUUCAGGAGGCUGGGUUAUCGUCUGCAGGGCGAGACUGCAGGGACUAUGGGAGAGGAAGAGGAGGAGGAUGAUUAUGAAGAGCCGGAGAAGGGUUGGUUGGGUUUCCCUUUAACUAAAGUGUUUGUUAAGGAUCUAUAAGUCACACUGAAACAGGAACAAAAGGCUUUAUUUGCUAGAGAAGGCAACAUAUCAUUUAAGGAAUAUUCUGGGUUCAAUACACAUUAAGCUUAAAAGGAUAGUUCACCCAAAAAUGAAAAUUCUGUUAUUAAUUACUCACCCUCAUGUCGUUCCAAACCUGUAAGACCUUUGUUCAUCUUCAGAACACAAAUUAAGAUUACCACGUUGAAGAGCCAGAAAGGUAAUAAGGACAUCAUUAAAUAGUCUGUGUGACAUCAGUGGUUCAACCGUAAGUUCACAGAGUUACGAGAAUACUUUUUAAUGCGUUUUAACAGAUUGAAAACAAAAAAGUGUAGGAGACUUGUUAGUUCUAUUUGAGGUAGGAUUAUUUCACGAUUAGAUCAUUAAUAAGGCUGAAACAAUUAGUCAACAUUAGCGUCAACGUAGAAAAUAAUUUGUCAACAAAUUUUUUUGUGUUGAGUAGUCGUUUGAUCUCAUAGUCUAGUAAGAACUAGUUCAGGACUGUUUUGAUUAUCAUAAUCAAAACAGGGUUAAACGCAGAGCACAAAUUCCGAGUAUGGGUCACCAUGUCACGUCCUUUCCUUUCCUUAUUUUAAGAGAGAUUAUGUUGUGAAUAAAGUAGUUUAUCAAAAAAAAAAAAACCUUUAUUUUGUUUCUUAUCCAUUUGACUUACAAAAGGAGAUGUUAGGCAGAAUGAUCUGUCAUUGAGUUGUUGUUUUUUUUAAUGUAGCUAAUUAAAUGGUGAAUGAGAGUUUCUCUGUUUGACAUCUCAUUUUGUGUGCCAAAUAUAUUUACUUUAAUUAUUUUAUUUUUACUAUUAAUUGAAUAACAAUUGCACUGUAAAACAUUAAAAAAAACACAAUAUGUUGAGUUAGCUUAAAAUAAUUUAUUACACUGCUACCUUAAAAUUGAAUUCAGUUCAGUCAACUCAAAUAAGUUUAGUCAACUUGAAAUGUUAAGUUGUACUAAGUAACAACUUAGAUAUUUGUUUGCUAAACUUAACAGAUGGGUAAGUAACCCAGCUGCCUUAAAAUUUUAAGUUGAUUCAACUCAAAUAUCUAAGUUGUCACAGUAUAAUUUAACAUUUCAAGUUGAAUAAACUUUUUUGAGUUGACUGAACUUAAAAUCUUAAGGCAGCCAGGUUACAAAUUAUUUUAAGUUGACUCAACAAAUUGCUUUUUUACAGUGUGUAAUCACAUUUCUAAAAGCUGAAUAGAUUACCUUUAUUAAUUUGUUAGAAUAUAUAUAACCUAAUAUUCCGGGCUAAUUGCAAAA